CGAACUGGUUAACAGAAAUGGGUAUUUAACUGAGUAAAAAUAAAAAAAAUGUAUCGUUAGGGGGCGUGGACUUGCAGGUGCUGAAAACUGCGGAAGCGGAAACCGUAGCGUCGUGUCGUGUCGUCUCCUCGAAGACUCCUGAAGAUCCACCCGGGCUGAAGGAUCUGGUUUCUGACAUCCUGAGACAAGUCAAUGCAGUCAGGAGGAAGAGAGACCAGCAGGAUGUACUCUCACUGAGCCAGCAACUGCAAUCAAACAACAUAAAAAUAAGUCUUUGACAGCACAGCCAGACUUUACAAAAGAUUGCGGUGGUUUGAUUCCCCACCUCCUCCCCAGACACCAUGACAUCCUCUAUGCUCCGCCGACAGCUGAAGAACCUGGUCCAGAACUACUCUGAGGCUGAGGUCAAGGUGAGAGAGGCGACGUCUAAUGACCCAUGGGGCCCAUCCAGCUCUCAGAUGGCUGACAUCUCCGAUCUGACCUACAAUGUGGUGGCCUGCAACGAAAUCAUGACGAUGCUCUGGAAACGCCUGAAAGACGACAAGAACUGGAGACACAUCCACAAGUCCCUGACACUGCUGGAAUACCUGUUAAAGACCGGUGACGAUCGUGUGCUUCUGAAAAUGAAAGACAACAUCUACAUCGUCAAAGCCCUCACAGAGUAUCGCUUUGUAGAAAAGGAUGGCAAAGAUCAGGGUGCAAAUGUGAGAGAGAAGGCCAAGGUUGUCCUUGUUCUUAUGGAGGACGAUGAGAAACUAAAGGAGGAGAGAGACUUUGCCGUCAAGACCAGAGAGAAGACAUCAAAAAGCUCUGCUGCCUCAUCAACCGAUGCAAUCAAGGAUCCCAACUACAAGCCAUGCUACGUUGCUGGGGGCUCGGGGCUUCCAUCCUUAGACAAUAUACCCUCAGUGGCCGAUUUGACUGCUUCCUUUGCAGCCCGCAAAGAGGAGCGUCUUCGACAGGAAGCUGAGAAGAAAGAAGCAGAGAGAAGGGCCAAGAUGAGUGAAGACGAGCUGAAAUGGGAGGAUGCUGGCAAAGGCAAUGGCGUUAAAGGAGGUGCUUGGGGAGGAGAGAAAGCCGAGGAGGAGGUGAAACCAGAUGCAUGGGGAACCCCCAAAGAACCUAAAGAGGCCACAGAUCCAUGGGGCACACCCACAAGACCAGACACAACUGACACAGUAGCCAGCAGUGAUCCUUGGGGGGCUCCAACUAAAACUGAUGAAGAUCCAUUUGCAGCACCACAAACUGACGAAGAUCCAUUUGCUGCACCAAAAGAUGAAUCCGAUCCAUUUCGUGCAUCAAAAGAUGACCCUUUCAAUGCACCAAAAGAUAGUUCAGACCCCUUCAAUGCACCCAAAGACAAGGAAGAUCCAUUUGCUCCAAAAGAUAAACCAGAUCCCUUCAGUUCAUCUAACAAUGAUCCAUUCAAUGCACCCAAAGAUGAUCCAUUCAGUGCUCCAAAAGAUGAUCCGUUUAAUGCUCCAAAAGAUGAUCCUUUUAACACCCCAAAGGAUGACCCAUUCAACACCCCAAAAGACGAUCCUUUUAAUGCCCCAAUAGAUGACCCCUUCACUGCUUCCACAACACCACCUAAAGAAGAUCCUUUCUCUGCACCAACUAAACCUACCCAAGAUGACCCUUUUGCUGCACCAAUAACACCACUCAAAGUGGAUCCUUUCUCUGCACCAUCCAAACUAACAAAAGAUGACCCCUUUGCUGCUCCAACAACACCACCUAAAGAGGAUCCAUUCUUUGCACCACCCAAACCUACAAAAGACGACCCUUUCUCUGCACCAACAACACCACCUAAAGAGGAUCCUUUCUCUGCGCCAUCCAAACCUACAAAAGAUGACCCCUUCAGUGCACCAGCAGCACCCCCUAAAGAAGACCCAUUCGCAGUGCCAUCUAGCCCACCAAAAGAUGAUGCCUCAGAUCCCUUCAAUGCCCCUCUGGUGAGCUCGCCCCAAGACAGUGCAGAUGCGUGGGGAGCCCCUGCUAGCCCUCCACCCGCCACCGGGUCAGAUCCCUGGGGGGCGCCAUCUGCUCCAAAGGAAAGAAAGGCCGAAGAUCCCUGGGGGGAUGGGAUAAGGGCCUCCUCCCCCAUUGAUAGUUGUGAUGCAUUUGGAGAUGCAUCCAAACCGGACAAUGACCCAUGGGGAGCCCCAGCUGCAGUUUCAGUUAGCACAGAUGAUGCGUGGGGUUCACCGGCUCCGCCCGCAGACUCCUCCCCAUCUAGUGACCCCUUUGGAGACGGAGCAUCUAAAAAAUGUGAUCCUUGGGGUGCACCGAACAACGCACCUAGCAAUGGGACAGGAAAGCAAACAUCGCAGGAAAAGGAGACGAAUAGAAAGACUGCUUCGUUUCUGGGCUCUGCGGGGGCAUCGCUUGUUGACUUGGACGAUCUAUUUUCUUCUAACCCCAAACCCAAACAGCGCCCCCUUGUCAACUCGCUCGCCGCCCAGACACAAGCCAUUGGCGCUUUCAAAGCCAGGGGCAUGACAUCUGUGGUCAGACCAGGGGCUGUUGCAGGGGUGUCCUUUCCUGAAACAUCAGCCCCAUACUGCAGUCCUUUUGGUUCCACCCUUGCUCCCUCCUUUAGUGCACCUUCUCCCAUUUUUGGAGCUGCCAAUGCUGUCAGUGAAACUCCCCUAUUUCAGCUACCAUCCCAUACCAUGGGGGUGUCUCACUCUGGCUUAAAUAUGCUUCAGGCAGCUCAGGUGGCUCCUCCGUGUUCAGGAACUAGAAUGGUACAAUCCGUUUCUGUGGGAGGGAGUCCACAAAUGGGACUUAACAUGAACCCCCCCUGUGGAGGAGUGGGAAUGGUGCAGUCUGGAUCUCUGGUGGGGAAUCCUUUGGCAGACCCCCUCUUAUUUGGAACAGGAAUGGGUCAGUCCAGUUUCUUUGGAGGGAAUCGCCAAGCAGGAGUGGCUCACUUGGGAGGAUCCACUCCACAGGCCGGGGGUGGAGUCCCCUUCCAGCCGCAGUGGCUCUCAGGCAGCGGGCUGGGUGAGACAGUGAACAAAAACAACAAUCCAUUCCUGUUCUGACAACUUGACAUGUAAUCUUUCCUAUCAGAUACAGGGAUUGUAUUAGAUGACCACACUGGGUAGUUUUACAUGUUGUAGCCUUCUUAAUGCAUCUGCUGUAUAUGCUUCUAAAACAUAGCCAUUGGAUUUUAGAUUGCUUUCCAAUGUUCCUUCCAGGCAGCCAUUGGUUUGUUACCUUUAUAAUGUUAUGAAUUUUCAAUCAUAAUUUUUGUCAACCGUAUAAUACCAUCAAAUGUUAUUUCAGUUUUGUAGGCAGGGACUGUUAAGGAAAGUCAUAUUGGAAGGCAAGAAACAUUUAUUUGUAUAGCACCUUUCAACAACAAGACAAUUCAAAGUCCUUGGAAGACAAACAAUAAGCAAAUAUUGAUAUUGUUAAAAAGAUUCAGUCAAUGUGGCCAUUUCCAGGUGUCAGAAUAUCCUUGAAUGCAGCAAGAAAGAAGAGUUUCCAAAAUUCUUUACGAGACUAAUUCAGUCAUGAGAGUUCCUGCUCCUAACUGAACUAGCAAGUAAUAAUAGCAUUACUUUAACAAAAAAUAAAUGGUUGGUGGACUGAAAUCUAUGGCGGCAUUGGAAGGUAAGAAACAGUAUAAACCUCCAUCGUAUACUGUUGGAAAAUGGCCAGUAGUUAUGUGUAGGACUUGUCAGGCUAAAACAUGCAAAAUCACUUUAAUCUCAAUUUAAUUAAGCUCCUCAGCUCACACUUGCCUCCCCUUGAGAUCUACACAUGUCCAAUUAAUAUAAAAGCCAUGGUUUAAAUGUACUUACCAUUAUAUAUUAACAGAAAUCAACACAAAAUAUGUGAAACUGUGUACUUAUUUGAAACAAAUCUAUUGGAUCAGUCAGUCUUUUUCAUGCACAAGUCUAAGAAACAGAGAGCACCUAAGUGUGAGUGUCUAUGUGGAAAUCCUGAAGAAUUACUGUUGAUGUGAGUGUUGUAUGAUUCUGUGACUGGACCUGUAAAACAAUGACAGAACUGAUCUGGGUAAGACGUCACUGUAGGUUUUCAAUAAGUGUGCAUGUGUUUGUACAAGGCGGCGUGUGUGUGUGUGUGUGUUUGACCUGUAUGCACGCAGUGUGUGUGCAAUAUAUAUUGUGCUGAUGUAAAUAAUGGAAGUAAUCACAGAUAAACCUUGAAAUAUACUGUAUAUUAGAGUGUUACAAUCAUGAGUAACUAUUUAUUGAUCUAUUUAUUGAUUGAUUUAUUGCUUGAUUAUUUAUUGAUGCAACAAUGCAGCAGUGGCCUCCAACAAAGACGAGUUCAGGUUAACUUUACUUACAGUGUCAUUAUCAGACAGGUUCACCUGAUGGUAUUGAUUACAUGUGAUGUCAAGCAUGAUUGGCUUUAAUCUGACUUGGCUGCUCAAACACUGCAUUAUCAAUCAACUCAGUAACCAAUGGUGGCUUUCUCUUCUUCCCUGUUUUGAUUUGUAGUUGUUCUGGAGUCAUUGUGUAACUGAACAUUCCUCGCUGUAUCUUCUGGCAUUAGACAAGAAACAGAAAUGUAUGAUGUUUAGCUACAGUGUUGGCUAAAUAAAAACCGAAUUUGAACAUA